GGGUUUCCCGGGCUACCGUCCGCGCCCGCUGUCCGCCGCCGGCUGCUCCGCCGCCUUGAGCCAUGGCGGGCUGUGCGGCGCGGGCUCCGCCGGGCUCCGAAGCGCGCCUCAGCCUGGCCACCUUCCUGCUGGGCGCCUCGGUGCUCGCGCUGCCGCUGCUCACGCGCGCCGGCCUGCAGGGCCGAACCGGGCUGGCGCUCUACGUGGCGGGGCUGAACGCGCUGCUGCUCCUGCUCUACCGGCCGCCGCGCUACCAGAUAGCCAUCCGAGCUUGCUUCCUGGGCUUUGUGUUCGGCUGUGGCAUGCUGCUCAGUUUCAGCCAGUCCUCUUGGAAUCACUUUGGCUGGUAUGUGUGCUCGCUGUCAUUGUUCCACUAUUCUGAGUACUUGGUGACAGCUGUCAAUAAUCCCAAAAGCCUGUCCCUGGAUUCCUUCCUCCUGAAUCACAGUUUGGAGUACACUGUUGCUGCUCUUUCUUCUUGGAUAGAGUUCACCCUUGAAAAUAUCUUCUGGCCAGAGCUGAAGCAGAUCACCUGGCUCAGUGCCAUGGGGCUGCUCAUGGUGGUCUUUGGUGAAUGCCUGCGCAAGGCUGCCAUGUUCACCGCCGGCUCCAACUUCAACCACGUGGUGCAGAAUGAGAAGUCAGACACCCACACGCUGGUGACAAGCGGGGUGUAUGCUUGGUUCCGGCACCCUUCCUACGUGGGCUGGUUCUACUGGAGCAUUGGAACCCAGGUGAUGCUGUGUAACCCCAUCUGUGGCGUUGUCUAUGCCCUGACUGUGUGGCGCUUCUUCCGAGAUCGGACUGAGGAAGAGGAGAUCUCGCUGAUCCACUUCUUUGGAGAGGACUACUUAGAGUACAAGAGGCGGGUGCCCACAGGCCUGCCCUUCAUAAAGGGGGUCAAGGUGGAGCUAUGAUGGGGCCAGGUGGGGCCGACCGCCAGGACGGAAGCGCUCUGGUCGGCCACUGCAGAACGGAUUUUCUUAAUCAUUUCCUGGGUCACUAACUACCCUUCUGCGGCGUCACCCAAGACCACAUGGUCAGAAGGCCUUAGGAGGAACUCGGAGCGGAUCACAGCAAUAUUCAUCAGUGCCCCUUCCCAAGUGACCAGGUGAGGACCUGGCCCACACCUGCUGCUCCCGGGGCCACCCUGUGUUCGUGUGGCGUCCAGGCCUUGGGAGAGGCCCACACGGCUCAGCCGAGCAUCUGCUGCACAGAGGGCGGUGGGUGUUGCCUCGUGUCAGCGUAAAAAUGCACUGAAAACCUUUCCUUUCACCGAAAACCACAGUGCAGCUCUAACCUCUGUCGUGUCCGUUGAUGCAUGCACAUCUCUGUAGCUGGAGACCCUUCCUCCUAACACUUGACCCUCAUGCAAUUAACCACACCGACACGUCUAUUCUCCAUGAAUGGGGGCUCCCUGGGGCCUCCUAGCUCCAGCCUGUGUUUGCCAGCAAGUGAGCACAGGCCCUGAUGCAGUUUGGCCGGUGGCUUCAGGUGACAUGGGCCCUGUGAGCUUCCCCGGGGUCCUGGCUGCUGCUCUCCUCCUGUUACCGGUGACAGGCAGGUCACACAUGUGUCACUCCCUUUAUUCAGGAAGUGCUUGGUGGAUGCCUGCUCUAUGCAGACAUUGAAAUUCCUUGCUGUCCAUUUAUUUGGGAUUCCAUUCCCAUUUUCCCACAGCUGUGUUUUGUCCCGUCUAAAUCCACCCAUCCAGCAUUGUUUUCUGUUUUCUCUGCUGUCAUAGUCACACCCUCCCCAGCCCCAGCCCCAGCCCCAGCGCCUUUCCUAAGGGGGUCCAGCGCAUAAGCCGAGCAGGCAGUCGACUCCUGUACGUAAUCUGAAUAGAGCACAUCCUCCCAGCCAGGGUGCUGUUGACAUCUUCAUCCCGCAGGUUCAUGGAGAGGAGCUGGGUUUAUAGGUCAGACAGAGCUGAGGCCCUUGCUUAAUCCUUGGUGAGUCCUGGACGGAGGGGAACUGGGUUUUGCUGUGAGCCUCCCGCCCAGCUUUGGAGGAGCUGCCAGCCCCUUCGUGCAUAGCUCCCCAUCUGCGGAGUGGGACCCAUACCACCUACCUCCCAGGGUGCUGUGAGGACCUCGUACCAGUGUCUGGCCUUUCAGAUGCGACAUGGUGCGGUUCUGUGGUGUAAGAGCUACACACAAACGUGCUGUUUGGUUACCUGAGCAGAUUCCUAGUGUGUAUAUUCAAGAGUGUUUUACCAGCUCAGAAACAUUGCUUAUUUCUGGAUUCCAUUAAUUUUCUCAUUGUUCUAGAUACCAAAGAGGCUCAGUGGGUUUGUUGAUUACCAGCACCACCCUUGCUGGCUUCAGACCCAUCAGCUCUUGAGACCUCAGAGGGGCUUGCAGGGCCCAAGCCCCCAGAGGGGGCCAGGCCUGGGGGCGUCACACACAUCACUCAGUGUAGGAAUGUGAGGCGAACUAGUCCCCAGCUUCCCCAGACCACAGUCACUGAAGCCGACGCCACCCACCAGGGCUGGGCUGGGGCAGGUGUGGUCGAGAUGUUGGGAGUUGAGCGGCUUUGAGGGAAUGUUCUUCCUGGCUGCAUCCAAGCCUGGACGCAGCGUCCAUUCCCAAGGGGCUGUGAGGUUGCCUCUUGGAUGGACGGACGGAUGGACGGAUGGGUGGGGACCAGCUAAUGACGGCCUCUGGUAUUGUGCAUGGUGAGGCGGGGUGUUGGCAUUUUGAUGCCAUCCUCCAUCUGCCAGAGGCCAGAAAGCCUGCCUCCAUGCCAGACCCAGGAGUGAAGGGGCUCAGGCCUUGGGAUUCUGCAAUGCUGCCUCACGCCAGUGCCACGGAAAACGGCUCUGUGUCUUGUUCCGCUUUAAAGAGUAUUCCAGGGGCAUGGGCAGGGGGCAUCCCCACGCUCAUUACCACCCAGCGCAGCACUGGCCACCUCUGGUGUGGUGCUAAGUACAGAGACCUAAUCGCUCUGCACAGCAUGCAGUGGAGCCCUGGCUGCCACUGCUGCCAGGCGGUGCUCUGGGUGGUGGCCUGCAGGAGGCAGUGGCGACUCCUACCGCCAGGAGCCGGGGCAGCCCCAGCACCCCUUCCUUGGUGGGAGCCGCAUCCGGAGCCCCACAGAACACUCUGGGAACUGCUGCCGUGUGCUCACCCCCGUCACUGGUGUGACAGGAAGUGGUUCGUAAGUCCGGCUCCCUGGUCUCAACGUGUUCAGGGCCCAGCGAGCCCUGUCCCCCUCUGCACUUUCCCGCUGCCUUAGGUAGCUGCGACCCCCACUGUACUUUGCUUCUUCCUUAGCGGCUCGGCAAGCUUAGGCAACCUCAGCCUCUCUGUCGCUGUGGGAAGUCCUUGCCCCUCCCGCCGUGGGGCCCCCGCCACAGGGAGGGACUUACAGAGUAAUUAUUCUACUCUUCCGUUUACACACAGAAAUAAAUGUUUAAGUAUUUUCAAUUGGAUUUUCUUUCACAGAUACUGAUGAUGCUUCCCAGUUCUUAAAUCAAUAAAACUAUUUGAUUUCACUAAGA